AUGGAGGACAUAUCCAGCCCUCUAGACAUAGAUUGGGGCAGAGUUGACUACCCGAGUCCUACAUGUAAUAUAAUCAACCAGAACGACAAUCAGUGUGAUCAUCGAGUCAAGCCCCAAAGGAUAAUGAGGCAAUGGUUAGCUGAGGGGUUUGUAGAACCAGAAAAUUCAUUGGGUGAUACAGCUGACAAAUGUUUCGAGGAGCUCCUGGAUCGAAGCAUUGUCCAUCCCAUUGAGGUUAGCAAUAACAAGACAGUGAAGACAUGCAGAACAUAUGGCAUGAUGCAUGAGUACGUAAUGUUCAAAUCUCUCUCUGAAAACCUCAUUAUGUUGUGUGAUAAUGGCAAUUAUCAGAACUCUAAAAGUAAUGGGAAUUUCCAAACUACACAACAUCGUUGCCUUUCUCUUCAAGACAGCAGUAUAUCAGAUAGUAGCAGUUUGGACAGUGAUCUAUCUCUUGUCAGAACUCUGAUAGUCUUCGGGAAGGCAGGAUCUAUGUUGAAUUUUGACAGGUACCAACUGCUGAGAGUCUUGGAUCUUGAAGAAUGUACUGACUUGCAAAAUCAUCAUGUCAAAAAAGUAUGCAACCUACUGCUUCUUAAAUAUCUUAGCCUGGGGGGCGAUGUACAUGUAACCAGCCUUCCAAAGAAGAUAGAAAAUCUGAAACUUUUGGAGACACUUGAUCUAAGGAGAACGGCGAUAAACAUCCUGCCAAAGGAAGUUUUCCAGUUGCCCCAUUUAACUCAUCUUUUUGGAAAGUUUAAGCUUCCUGACAAAGCUAUACCUUCAGAACAAUGUAAGUUGCAGAUGGUUAAAGGAUUUAUUAUCGACGAACGCGUAGGAAGGCCAUACAAGAGUUCAUUCGUGAUGAGAAAGAUGCAAAAAGGACCGUCGUUCUCUGUCAAUCCAAUUCGACGCAUGCUCAGAAGACUUUUAAAAGGCUGGGAAGGUCAAUACUAUCUUAGGUCGUUGAAACUAAAUGGUAUGUUAGAGGAACUGCCCGGAUUUGUUACCAGACUGCGUGGUCUCAAGGAGUUGUGCCUUCAAUCAACUAAACUGAAGGCAGCUCUUCUCACAGCAUUGGGUACUCUUGAACACUUAAAGUACCUGAAGCUAAUCGCUGGCGAACUUGAUGAUUUUGUCCUCCAGCGCAAUGCAUUGCCAUCUCUUGUCUGCAUACGUUUUGUCCUGAAAAGUCCAACACUCCCAAAAAUGGAACAUGGUGCUAUGCCAAUACUCAAAUCGCUUCAGCUGCUCUGUGAUGGUCUAAAUGGACUUUCUGGUCUACAAAUUAAUUACUUCACACACCUGAGGGAAGUAAUUCUUGAUGCUGGAGUUGAGGUCAACAGUACUACAAUACAAAACUGGCAAGAUCGGCUGCGAAUCAUCCCAACAGACCAAAAGUUAUUUUGCUUAAUGCGCUUGAUUCAACUGAGGGUGCUUCUAUACAAGGUUCUGCAGAGUCAUGGGCAAAUAAAAAUGGAGCUGAAACCCAUAUGCUACCUAAUGGAUUGA